CAAUAAGUUUUCAUCAUGGGAAUGGUUUGAAAAUGGAAGAAGCUAGUGACGAAUGUCGGUUUGGUGAAGAAGAGAGGUCUCGUGCAAUUGAUGUGCCUAAAAGAUUGGAUGUUAACUCCUCUCUGGCCGAAAUGGCUGGGGCAAAUGCAUCUGUGGAGGCUGUCCGCCCUACCCUUAGGCCACUGGAUCUUAAUACUGAAGUUUGUGUGGCUAAAAGUUCAGGUUCUGAUAACAUGGAUUUGGCUAACAUUUCUCAGAAACAGCGUGGGCUCAGGGACGACAAUGGCACUCGUGUAACUGCAAGAGGAAUUGGUUUAGAUCUUAAUGUAGAGGAUGUUUCUAGCUCUAUAAACCUGGAAAUUGUUCACCCUUUCAAGAACUGCAAUGAGUUGAAGUUACGGGAUUCCUCUGAAUGUGCUAGCUCUACGGGUCCAUUGGGAGAAAAAGAUCCGCUAAGAAUCUGGAAGGAGAUGAAGCAAAAUGGCUUUCUUUCAUCUUCUCAUGGAGGCAUACCGGCGCCAAAGCAACGUGGGAGGAGAAGUAAAAACGAUGCACUAAAGAAAAAGAUGGAGAUUGCAAAAAGAGAGAAGAAGUUGGAGCUUGCAAAGAAAGAGCAGAUUGAUCGGUUCACGAAGAUUGCUGCUCCAAGUGGUUUGCUUAAUGAACUGAAUCCGGGGAUCAUAAACCAUGUAAGAAAUAGAAAACAGGUCCAUUCGAUUAUUGAGGCGAUUGUUAGGUCUGAAAAACAAGAAAACGAAAGCUUAGCUAACAAGCUCCUAACAGAAAAAAGACAUGGGACUAAACUAAGCACCAAAAGGGAUCUUGAAAGCACUAAUGAUUCAGACAUGAAUGUAUUUGGUUCUUCUCAAGGAUAUGGCCCUUCAAAUAAUUUUUCUGCCAGCAGGCAAAAAAGAGCGUGCUCCUUGACGAGAUCUCUGAUCACGGAAGUUGAAGGUGUCGAUCAUGGACAAAUCAUGUUAGAUCGGGCCACUGGUAACAACUAUGCUUCACAAUCGAAUGCUACGAACGACAAAGAAGCUCUUGCUCUGGAGCUGUCAUCAUCACAUGCUGUGUCUGAGAAUGCUUGUCCAGUGUCUAAUGAUGAAGAAGAAAAUUUGACCUGUAUUUCAUCUCUUUCUCUUAAAGCUGCUACUGUUGCUUCUCAAUGGUUGGAACUAAUACAGCAAGACAUUAAAGGGCGUCUUUCAGCUCUACGACGUAGUAAAAAGAGAGUUCGAGCUGUAAUCUCUACAGAGUUGCCGUUUCUAAUAUCUAAAGAAUUUCCAUCUAACGACGAGAAUGAUCCGUAUGUCGCGAAGAGUUCAUCUGACGAAACUUCAAUUAUUUCCUCUGCUGAUCUCCAUCAAGAAAGAUGGACAAAACUGUUUGAUCAGAUGGAUAAAGCUCUUGGUGAAGAAGAGAAACAACUAGAAAGUUGGUUGAACCAAGUAAAAGAAAUGCAGCUGCACUGUGAUCAGGGGCUGAAUCAUGUCCAGUCAAGCUCGGCUUUCGGCUCGCAGCAACCGGGAGAAACGCAGAAUGACUCGAGAACAAGGAUAAUGAGCAACACAGAGAGAGCAUUAGCUGUGGGGGCUGCUGCAGCUUCCAUAUAUU